AUGGAAUUAAUGAGAGGGAUAUACUUCGAAAUGGACGAACACAAAAAGAAGGAUAGUAUGUACGAGAGCAUCCGCAACACAUUUAAGCGAAUCAAACGCAGUAUCACAGUUGUUUUGGUGCUCUUGUUCAUUGCAUUGGCUACCUGGUUUGUUUCCGAUUUUUUUUCAAAACAGUUCCAACCCACAAUUCUCAAGUCAAAGAUGUUAGAUAGGUGUAUGGAAUUUAUUAACAAGGAAUUAGACGAGAUAUUGCUGCUUGAGACGAGGACGAAGCAGAACAAGGCAUUCAGGCAGAUCAAGACGAGUCUGCCCAUCCAGCCUAUACGAAUGUCGACUACUACGGCAGUCUUCAAAUACACGUAUACGAGUAAGCCUGUGAUUCUAAAGAGAGUCAUCUGGAACAAGAACAACGGCCUGAACGAGGAUGAGACGUGCACAAUGCUGAAAGGAAAGAGCAGGUACCUUGUGAAUGCGCUCAUGAGCACAAGAAGCUUCCGAAUGGUAUCGAAUCCAAAGGAUCCGCAAAAGAAGGAGAAGCAGACGCUCAUCUGGAUAUUCUUCGAGUUCAUGGACAUCAAGAUCAACGAGAGACACGUCAGUGGGAGCGAAGAGGUCAUCAAACACAUCGUACACGAUGCGUUGCUUGGGCUCAAAUACUUGCAUGACAAUAAUUAUGCGCAUUUAGACAUAAAAAUAGCAAAUAUAAUGGGAGUAACACAGAAAGACGGAAGUGUCCAAUACAAGUUGAUUGACUUUGGAUAUACGCAGUAUUUCCAAGAGAAAAUGGCUGUGAUACCGAGAAAGAAUUACGGCACAUACCCGUUUAAGGCACCAGAAGUGAUCAAGAAGAACGUACACGGGGCUAUGUCUGACAUCUGGGCAUUGGGAGCAUCUGUCUGGUACAUGUCACUAGGCAACAUCAUGUUUUACGACUCAGAUGGAAACAAGGACGACUCAGAAUACAUGCGAUUUAUAUCAAAUAAGACAAACACACAUAACGGGAUUAAGAACCACAGGUUCCUAUUUAGAGAACGUACGUCACCCGAAUUAAUCAAUUUUGUUAAGGAAUGCAUGCAUGUGGACUACAAGAAGAGGCCAACUGUGGAUGAAUUAUUGAACCAUCCAUUUAUUACUGGGGAAAAACAGAAUCUAUCAACAUCGGAGAGUUACGACAUAUUUGGGUCGUCAUCGAACUCAGAGCCAUCGAGAUAA